AAAAAGCACUGACUCUUCCUCUGUUUGCUUCGUUCACACAGAGACAAAGAAGAAAAGACGAAACUUCUGACACAAAAGAGAUGAUGGAGUGGGAUAAUAAUAAUCAUCAGCAGCAACACAAUAACAACCACAACUCUUCGAAUCUCCAGGGGAUCGAUGUUAGUGGCGGCUCCAGCUCAGGAGGAAUGUACGUGAAGGUGAUGACCGACGAGCAGCUCGAAACUCUGAGGAAACAGAUUGCUAUCUACGCCACUAUUUGUGAGCGUCUCGUUGAGAUGCACAAAACUCUUACUUCUCAACAAGAUCUUACAGGAGGGAGACUAGUAGGUCUCUAUGCAGACCCAACACUUGGUCACAAGAUGACAGCUAGGCAGAGGUGGACUCCUACACCGGUGCAGCUUCAGAUUCUGGAGCGUAUAUUCGACCAAGGCACUGGAACACCCAGCAAGCAAAAGAUCAAAGACAUAACUGAAGAGUUGAGCCAACACGGCCAGAUCUCUGACCAAAACGUCUACAAUUGGUUCCAGAACCGGCGUGCUCGUUCCAAGAGGAAGCAGCAUGGUGGUGUUGGUUCUUCUAACAACAACAAUAACAAUAACGGUGAGUCUGAGGUAGAGACUGAGACGGAGACAUUGAAUGGGAAGAGAAAGAUACCAGAGAGUCUUCGUGUUCUUCCUGAUGGAAACAAUAACAGCAACAAUGCUAUUGGGACAGCAAGUACUAGUCCUAGGCCUGAAGAUCUUUGCUUCCAGAGCCCUGAGAUGAGCUCUGAUCUUCACUUGCUUGGAGUCCUAUCAAACCCAAGGGAUGAUCAUCUUGUUGGAAAGAUGGGAUUGUCUGACAGCUACAACCUUUAUGAUCAUGUUGAAGAUUAUGGCAUGUCAGGCUGAAGGGGAACUUCUAAUAAUCAAAGAGAUCAAAGAAAUGGAUCUCGUAGUCAGUUUUAAUCAGUUUUAGACUUUUUAUAUAUUCUUUUUAAGGAAUGUUGAACUCUCUUAGAGCUUGUGCUUUGAUGUUUACUAUCUUCAGAACAAUUCCUCUCUCUUUAAUUAUAAUAAAAUAAAAUAAACAGCUUCAGCUUUUACAGUCAUUCUUCUUUACCCCCAAGUUUUAAUCUCAAAAGAAGCAUAACAAUUUAUUGGAAAACAUGCAAACCUAGCAAAGCAUUGUAAUGUCCUUUCUCUAUUUCUUCAUCCUUCACAUUGUGUAAGACUAGAGUCUGUAUAACCAAAUCCUCCCAAUCAAUCACAGCUCCUCUCUUCCUUUUCUUCUUGCUAUCUUCAACCUCCAAAGACAAUUCACUACCACUAGAAGGAUGUUGUAUCGCAUCAAUCCUUAACUUAGCCGCCUUAAUCUUUUCUCUUCUUCUUGCCACCGCAUCACAACCCUUUAUGUAAGAAAUAGGCAAAUCAUCAAGCCCUACAUCUUUCUCCAACACUUCCUUGAGCUUAAGUCUUUGACUCAUCUUAGAUCUCCCUUUCCACCAAUCUUCACACGAUACCAUCUGAAGAAACGAGCUCCUUUGACCUUCACCAUCAUCAUAACAAUACAUAGCUUCUUUGCUUAAGCAAUCCCUAACUAUAUCCUUCAAACAAAUCCCAUCACUUAUAACCAACUCAUCUCUUCUCUUUCUCAUGGACUUAGCUUCCAUCAAACCAAUCAAAGUCCCUGAAUGUCUCACCACAUUCUUAACAGUCACAUCUUUCGCCCAAGGCAAACCAAUCUCUUUCGCAACCUUCACAAGCUUCUCCAACAACUCCUUAUACCUCAUCUUACAAGUACACACCGAAACAUUACAAUCUUUCGCCAAAUCAUCAAUCUUCACCUUCACACCAUUCACCUGACAAACAAACCCCAAAACCGCAACAACCAAAGGCAUAGACCUCCUCCCAGUAGACAAAAACCACUUCAAACAACAGUUCAUCAAAAACCCCCCUUGCUUCAUCACCCUCUCCUUCUUCUUCCCAUCAACACCACUCAACCUAACUGAACUCCUCGCCGUCUUCAUAAACAACCCCACAAGAUCAAUCUCUCCCAACUCCAACCCUAAAUACUCCACCACACGCUUACUCAUACUCCCCAACUGAUGCAAAUCACACCCAACAACAUCAACAAUUUCAUCAAAACUCAAAACACCUCCUCUCCCUUCUUUCCUCACCAGCGCGUAACAACACGCACCAAUCAAAACAGAGAACCACUCACCUCUCCCAAACUCUCCAUCAGUGAUCUUACUAAUCAUACGCUUAAUCUCUUCGGAUUUGUCACCAAGUUGCAACCUUUCCGCGAUGUCCUCGAUUAAGUUACCUGCGUCGAAGAUCUUCUUCUCUUUGUAAGCGAGGGUGGAGCCUGUACCGGUGGUGCCUACUCGGAUGUAAGUGCCUUGAGGUCCUCUUAUCCCGCCGAGCUGUGCCUCGUAGUUGUCGUACUCUUGUAACGUCCCGCAUCCAGAGCAAUACGAGUUCCCUGUGUCGUCGUCGCGUUGGAAGUUGGUGCCGUUGCAUCUCUUGCAGGGCAUGGUUGCAAAAUCCAAAAAAAGUCGAGAACUUUCGAUUUGGGUUUUUUUAACUCUCCGUGGGAACGACAGGGAGACAAGACCGGAGCGACGGUGAUCAGAGUUAAUGUAAUAUUGUAAUG